AUGCCCCCCCCCAAUAAUGCAAGAUUAGGCUGGAGCUGCCUCGCAAGCCCGCACCCCCCCGCCUUCUCGGUCCCCAGCAGCCAGCCUGAUUCCCGAGAGCGUGACAAUAGCCGCACGCGGUCCGGCGAGCGGGCUGCACCGCACAGAGUUCUGCGGAUCGAUGUCGGCGGGAAGGGCUGCGCACGAGUGGCCAGCGCGGGUCUGACCCGGCGACACGGUCACCUCCGAGGCGGCAGCCCCAUCUGGAGGAGCCCAGCAAACAGGUCUCCGAAGUCGGGCACAGAGGCACAUGGGGCCGCGGCGACCGGCACGGGGGGCUCCUGCUGCUCGAGCGCGCGCGGGGAGGCGGCGGCCGCGGCUGGCGGGCCGGACACGGCGCCGCGCGGCUCCUCGGCGUGUCCUCCGGCUCGAGUCUCCACCGCCGUCAGCCGCCGAGUCCAGCCAAGCAGCCCAGCGGCCCGGGCGGCUGCCGGGGGCUUAAGUCAACAUCUUCCCGCAGUUUCCCACACGCCGCUCCGCGACCCCGGUGGGGGGGCUUUGCCCACACGCGCGCGCCUACCGCCGCACGCUCCCUUCGGAGCCAAAAAAGCAAAAUUCAAAACCGAGAGAUGCGAGGACGCUGAGAGAGAGAGAGCGAGGCGGGCGGAGGUGCGCCGACUCGGGAGUCUCCUGGCAGCGGCGGGGGGGACGGGCGCCGGGGAGCGAGGCCAAGUCCGUCAGUCGGUCGGGAGAAGCCCGGAGUGCGCGGGCAGCGCCGGCAGGACCUGCAUCCGGCGCACGCGCCGCCCCUGCGGCCUGGGGCACGACUCUGCCGCCGGCCCUUCCUCACAUGUCGGGUCUCCUGGCUUGGGGGGUAGGGGGGGCUCUGCGGACGGAGGAGACGAGGAACUCGGGUUCGGGGAAAGCGACGGGAGGAGCCGGGAAGAGCCGCGCCGCCGAUGCACAGCCGCCGAGGGAGGCUGGUCCCCUCAACAAUCACCAAGAAUCCUCCGGAUGGUGUUAAAGGAAACAGAAGUGCAUCUUGACCCAUGUGUCUGUUCUGUGGAAAGUUGGAAGUCAGAGCAACGGGGCUGUGUGGGAGCUAGGGAGAAGUCUGUAGUCUCUAGCCUGUCACCACUCUGGAGAAGGAAAGGAUAAGAAGAAGGAACAGUUUCCAGCAUUCAAAUGUCAACCCUCCUUAAGAGCCUGAUGGAUUAUUUACCUCCUAUUGGAAUACAGUUUGGAUUGCCAUGUCAAAGAGCCCUCCUUUAUUUCUUGAAUACCAGUACGUGAGGAAAGGAGAUAAUUAAAGACAGUACAAUCUGAUACAGGAUGCAAAAUGCAGAUUCAAAUAGAUAGCUAAACAUGAAAAAACUUCAGGCACGUUCCAGGUAGUGUGAUGGUCUUAAUGAGAAGGAACAGCACAACGUAUUAAGCUGUGUGUUUUACUUGGAUGACUGUGUACCAGCAACAUUGUCGUGCAAAUCACUGGCAUUUUACAGUCAUAUUUUAGCAUGCUUUUUCAAUUGCCACUUAGUAGUGACUAGUAAAACUUCUGUAAGUGGAGGCAGCCAAAAAGAUGCUUGCUGUAGCUGAGUUCCCCAAAUCUGAAGUUUGAACACCAGUUUCUAAUGGCAUCUUACAUAUUACAGAUGACUACAGCAGUCAAAACUUGAACAUAAAAGACUAUUUAAAAAUUGUUCUUAUGUACUUUUAGCUUUAAUUGAGUUCCAUAUUAGCAGGUUAUCAAAAUGUCAUUAUUGAGAAAUUGAAUUCUCAUUAAUGAUAAAGUUCAGAAGCUAGAUAACCCCAGGAGAAGCUAAAGGAAGAGCAGGUGUUAAUUACAAAGAGAAACCUAUAGGUCAAGAUAAGUGCAGAUGCUGUCUUCAGAUAUUUGAAAGACUUCUUAUGUAGGGCACAUGGAGAGUGUCUGGCACACUGACAAAUGGGAGAGCCAGAGAAGUGGACUGCAGCUCUGUAGAGAGAAAAAUCUAAAACAAUGAGCACUGCUUAAAUAAUACUCUAAGCCAUAAAACACUACGUUCCCUGUCUAGGCAUUUUCCAGAACUAUUCACAUGUGAACUCAAUUUUCUCUUGCUUGAAUUCUGGGAGAACAUUUUAGGAAACAUGUUAGAGCCACUCCAGGCCUUAAGAUCAGGAGAUAUAAUGAGUCACUUCUUAGUGGAUUUUUCUGUAUGUCUAGGAAACCUAGCCAUGACGCUCAAAUAGCACACUCAACUGCACACUGAAAAUCCUGGGCUGGACAAACAGGGACUUAGUGGAGAGUUCUCAAAAGCCUCCAAGGCGACAUGCAAAUUGGUUCAAAGUGGCUUCCUUUCAAGAACCUUUGGAGUCACCAGGGGAUGAGGAGAGGUGAAGAUUGAAUUCUCCUUUUGGUCUUGGCUUUUCCAGCUGGGGUGCUAUCACAUGUGGCCUCUCCUACUGCUUACGUUAGACUUCCUCUCUGGAUGAAAGGAAAAUUUUUGGCACGAUCCUCAAACUCUACGUUCACUUAAGAAACAAUAAUUGCUCAAUUAAGAGAAGCAGGAGCUUUUCUUCUCUGUCCAAAGAAAUUAAAAGAUGAAGAGAAAAUUACGCAUCUCAUGGGAAUGCUCAUCUUCGACAUGAUUGCUGACUAAGAUAAAGGGGAGUUGUAGCUAAUUUAGAGAUUAUAAAUAUAAAGAAGUUGCUGAUUCUUGACUCAAAAUAAUGUCUACUUUUCAUGUAACAUUAGAUCUGCAAAGUUCCAGUUUAUAUUAGUUGUAAGUAAUAUUUCCAUUAAGUUUGGGUUUGAAGUUUCCUAGGGUAGCCCAUCUUCAAAUCAUACUAAUGGAAGGGGCUCUGGGAAGGUCUUGUGUAACAUGUAACCUUAAUGUGCUGUGCUGUGCUGGAGUGGGUGACCUCUGAAGAAUGGCUGUCCACCAGAUGUAUGGCAUGUUACCUACAGAGCUGAUCUUGCAACUGCCAGGAAGUUAACUUUUAUUUUUACUAUAAAAAAAUACAGACUGCUGUAUACUUAUUAAUUAUUUACCUCCUUUGUCCUUCCCGUCCAUUCUCAUCAAACCUUUGCAUUAGGGUGUCCUGGUGAAAUUUCUCCUACUGGGAUGUUGUUACCAAAUGGCCCUGAAACUUGCCUACAAAAGGCUCACCCAUAAAAGCUUUUACAAGCCAACCCCAUUUGGUUGGCUGUGAUCCAGCUGUCUCUGCUGAACACAAACAUCAGCUAAAGAGAAGCAAAAACUUCCAUGGCACCCUGGAGGAACUUUUUGAUUCCCCAAAUGUCACCACGAACUCACGAAUAUUUCCUUGUGUCACGAAGACCCGGAGAAAAGGACUGCAUCUGUGCAAUGCUUGUUCCCAUUUGCAAACCUGGUCCCCAACCCCAGACCAAAGACUGUCUUCAAUUAACAAGUAUUUAUUUGAUGCCUAUCACAUCUAAACUUUAAGGAUCCAGAAAAGGACAGACAGGAGCUGAUUUUAAUGGUGACAUUUGUUACACGAAAGAAGAAUGAUGUAUUGCUUGCGUAUUAUAAAACUGAAGAUACUCUAGGAGACAACAUUAACAUAAAAAUGAAAAUUCAGUGUCUUUUGUUUUUUCUCUGUUUCAUAUCACAAAAUCUUUUCAUGUAAUUCAACAAUGUUACCUCACUGAAGUAGUUUCAACAACAAGAGAAAAGCAUAAGUUUUGUGACAUCGUCCAAUGUGGCACCCUCCCAUCUCCCAUGUAGACCUCUUGCCUAUAAAAUGUUAAGGCCUCUAUGAUGCAUCAGAGCCCUGAUGGUGAGCUGACUGAACAUAGGAAAAGCCUGGACUGGGUUUGCAAUGUGCACUGUGCAGCAGUACUGAUAAUAAUAAACAUUUAGAAAGUGUUCAUUCAAUGCAUAAUGAAUGAGUAGUUACUAAAACGAAUGCAAUGGUGUGGCCCAAAUCCAAGAAGUGUUUAGCAAGAACAGUGUCAUUUGAAAUGAUCUUAAUUUCAUGAAGUUAUGGGGCUUUUCACUGGCAGGAGAGAUUUGAAUAGUGGGUGGAAGGAGGCAGAAUUAAGAGCAUCAGCAGAUUGCUUAGGAUACCUCCAAAUUAGUGAAAAGAUGUAAUUCUGCAGAUGGAGGAUUGAACUCAAAACCUUGUGCAUGCUAUAUGGUGGCUCUACCACUGAGCUAUGCCGUCAACUCAGUUUCUCCUUGAUGAGGCUACAAGUUUGUGGUUUUGUGUGGUUUAGAUGAAAAAAUAUUGGAGAAAACUGUCUCUCAAAGACAAUUUCAAUCUGCAACCCUCCCCACCUAGUUAAAAUGAAGACUAAUUUAGUAGGUUUGCAUUAGGAAUGCGACCACCCACUUUUAGCAAGUUCCCAGGUGGCCUUAGCGCUGAUGCCACACUUGGAAUGGGAAUACUAUGGAGAUGCUGAAAGCUAGGCAGCAUCCUUCAGACUUGAGAAUGACUCUGCCUUGUCUAUCAGUCAAGAUGAAAACCAUGCUCCCAGGAGAUAAGUCUGCUAACCCCAGAAAAGCCCCUGAGGAAGAGGGGAUGUGAAUACAGGAGAUCCAGCUGGGAGACUGUCUCUGCUUCUACUGCAGUGUUCAGUUUGGUGGCCAGCUCCUGCUGAUACACUGGCUUGAAUAUUCGGUCAGUUUGAAAGCAGGCUCUCAGUGGAGUGACUGUGGACCUAGUGACUUUGAAAACAAGUGAAGUUUAGGGGGAAACAUGGGAAUCCAUAAAUGCUUUUUCUCUUGCUCUCUACCUAGAAAAAUGCAUCCUUUCCUAAAAAAUGCUGAGACAUUACCUCUUCUGUUUCUGCCCUAUGUAGCUGUAAUUACGUCCUUCUAUGCAUUGCUCAAAUUCUGAAACCACUAUAUCAUAACGAUGACAAUAAUAACAAUUAGCAAGAUGGUGCAACUGUGUUUUGAAUGCUCGUUAGUACUGUGAGGCAAAUUGCUAAAAAAAAAUUUAUAAUUAAAUCUAUGUACCGAUACUGUGAAAAAUGUGGCUAAAAAUUGUCUUCAUUUAUACAGAUGAGUAUAAAAAUAAAGGGAAACUUGUUUGUGAAUUUUGUGCCUGGUACAUACUAAGCAAAUAUAUUUAUCAGAAAAGUGAUCAAAUGUAUUCUACCACAUCACAGAUUCCUUGUGCAUUUUUUACUUGACUUUUUUUUUUCUUUUUUGCUUUGUUGCUUAUCUCCAGUAAUUAUAACUAUGACUAACAAUUAGUGUUUCCUGUGCCUUGGGUACCACAGUAAGCAAUAUGAAUGUGUUGUUCAUUUAAUGCUCAUAAUAAUUCUAUAAUUUAAGGUGUUAUUAUUAUAUAUGAGGGAAAUGAGGCGUAAAGAGGCUAAAUAAUAUGUCUAAGUUUCUAUAUCUGUAGCAGGAGAGUUAGGACCCAUUAAAUUGUGUUACUGACAAUCAUCCAACCUAUCUUUAAAAAUGUAGACUUGUGGCUGAUUUUUAAAAUAAACAGCUUCAAACCACAGUACUAAUGAAAAGAUAAUUUCAGGGGCCAACAAGAUGUUGGUAAAGCACUUGGUGUGUAAACCUCAUCCUGAGUUUGAGUCCUCUGACCCACGAAAAGAUGGAAGGAGGCUGCUAACACCACAAAACCCUCCUAUGACUGCCAAACAUGUGUGUCCCCAGGUACAUACAUGCUACACCCAAACAAUAACAGUGAAUAGGUGUUUAAGUUCUUUUUUCUCACAUGUUAGGAAAAUGUCCAUGAAGGUUAAGGAGACUUCCUGUUAUCUUCUGGGUCCUAUGGGCACACCACCAUAACCUCUAGCUAACCCUGCAGUAGAGUCUUUUCUAAGAACUGUCAAAUAGUCCAGGUCUUUGUAGUCCUUACAUCUCUCUAGCUAUCUCCAAAUCCCUGUCAAGGCAACUCAUUCCAGAACAGAAUAAAGAGUAUUCCCCAACAUGGAAUGGCAUAUUGAAAAGAUAGUCUCCUUUAUGAAUUUUUGCCUUAAGUGAAAGACAAUCUCUCUGAUACUUUGGUAGUAACAGGAACCUUCUAAGUAUCACACACAGAACUCAGCUUAACCUGAUUUUUAAAAGUGUCUCUUUUUUUAUAGUGUUUUCCCACAUACAUGCCUGUGAACCACAUGUGUGCCUAGUGUCCACACAGGCUGUGCACGCUGUGAAAGGGCAUCAGAUCCCCUACAGAUUGUUGUGAGCCACUGUGUGGGUGCUGGGAGCUGAACUCAGGUUCUCUGAAAGAACAGCCAGUGCCCUUAACUACUGAGCCAUCUCCCAGGCCUUUUAAUCUAAAAUUUUAAGAUGUAAAUCCAAGCUGGCAAACUAGAUUUCUAAGUCUCUGAAACUGUGGUUUUUUUGUGUGUGUUUUUGGUUUUUGGUGUUUUGGUUUUUUUGGUUUGACUUUAAGGAAGAUUGCUCUCUGUAAGCAUAUCAUCACACUGCUGAGCCCAGGAGCUUAACCGGAUUGUUCAACCUUGCUCCAUGAGUUCACAUGUUCUAAUUUUGGCUGCGUUUGUCUCACAGCCAAGCACUGGUACCACUGAAUAUAGUGAGUGACACUUUCAGCUCUACCAUAGGCUCCUUCUUCCUGGCUUGUGUGUGCUACAGUUCACUUGAAAAAUUUAUACAGCCAAGGAACCUCUUAUUUACCAGGUCCCGUGUUAUUUGUCAUGCUACAAGGGUGUUGGUGUGACACUGUACUGUCCAGACUGGCUCUGAAUUCCAGGCUUAGGCAAUUCUGUUCCCACAGUUCCCCAAGUGCUGGGAUUACAGGCAUGAGCCAUCUCACCGGGUAUGGAUUUAACACUUCUCAAGAGUGUGAAUUUUUUUGUAAGAUGCUUGUUGUUUGGGGGGUUGUCUUUAAUUUUUUAUUUUACAUUUAUUUAUGCAUUGUCCGCUGGGGCAUGCAUAUCAUAGAGUUCAUACCAACUGCAGAAGAAAACUGGAUGGGGUAGUUCUGGUCUUCUACCAUGUGGGUAUCAGGGAUCGAACUCAGGUCAUCAGGCUUGGUGGCAAGCUCCUUUAGCAGCUGACCCCUCUCAUCAGGCCUUAUUUUUAGGUUCUCCUUUUGCUUUCUCAUCAAAUUCAGUUUGUUUCGUUUUGGUGGGAAUUUGUGACAGUGAGUCAUUGCUCUAGAUCCUAUCAGGUGGCACGUUACUCGUGAUAGUAACAUUUAUCCUGUGAUUAAAGCAUUGACUGUAAAAUGACUCCUUUCUUAUUUUAUGAGUAUUUUCAGAGCAGUCCAUUAAGUUGUAUUUAUUUAUGAUAGCAUGAACUCAUGGAUGUUUAUUUCAUUUAAUGAAUUAUAAUCUGCUGCGCCAGAACAUUCCAA